AUGAGUCGUGCUACUUCCAUCCAUUCAACGUCUAAUCAUCUCAAUGCAAUAUCCGCUGAAGUCUCCGGAUACCCCACCACCCACCCCUCCGCCGCCGCCGAACUCACCAAUCUUAAGAUAAGACUGCGCGGUGCUCUCCGUCAGUUCCCUGACUUCCCCUCUGAGGGAAUUUUAUUUGAAGACAUUCUUCCUAUUUUUGCAAAUGCCUCUCUCCACGAAGCGUUAAUACGAUGUUUGGAACUACUCAUUAUUGAGACUUAUGGGGAUGCUCAGAAACCGGAUGUUGUUGUUGGUUUGGAAGCCAGGGGGUUCUUAUUUGGACCAUCGCUUGCGUUGAAAUUGGGUGCUGCAUUUGUGCCAGUGAGGAAGAAGGGGAAGCUACCUGGACCUGUUGAAACAGUGACAUAUCAGAAGGAGUAUGGUCAAGACUCUUUUCAGAUGCAAGCAGACGCUAUUAAAGCUGGUCAGAAGGUACUCGUGGUGGAUGACAUUAUCGCAACAGGUGGAUCCGCAAGCGCAGCUGGAGCUCUUGUUCAAAAACUCGGAGGCACACUACUCGGUUUCAUUUUCCUUCUUGAACUCGAUUUCCUCAAAGGGCGUGAAAAUCUUCCUGCUCCGGCAUACACUGUUCUCUCAACACAAUAA